ACGAUUUCUCUCCCCCAAAAACUUGAAAAAAUUCAUCACACGACCACACGGCCCCCACGAUCUCUCUCUCCAGUCCCUCCCCGUGUGCCUUUCAAUCCCCAAUCCGGCGCUCCCGCCCUCCUCGAUCCACCCGCAUUCUCCGAUUUGUCCCCGAAUUUACUCCAAUUCGGGGGGCGCGUGUUCCUUCCCGAGCUGCUGCUGUUUUGGUUUCGAAUCGGAGGGAGGGAUCUCGCCGUGCUGCUUUUCUUCCGCGAAUUUGAGCUGCUCCAUUUUGAGAGGCCAGAGGCGGCGAUUUUUUCUCGUACGGAUUGCGGUUUCCAUGGUCGGUGCUGGAUCGACUGCCAGCGUGGGGUGGUGGUGGUAGUUGGUGUGAGAGUCUCUCCUCUGUGAUCUGCCGCUCUGCGUCGGCCAGACUUGGUGGGCGACGAGCUGGCGCCGUGGCCUCCAGGGAGGCGGCGGCGGCGGCAUGAGCGGCGUGGGGUCACUGGGGCUCAGGUCGUCGGGGAGCUAUGGAUCCUUGCAGCAGUCCAACGGCCAGUCGCCGUCGCCGUCCCCGCCGCUCGGCGCUCGGAAGCCCGGGAAGAUGUCCCUUGGCGGAGCAGGCGCCGGGGGCCGAGGCCUCCUCUUCGCCCGGAUCUGUAAGCUCACCAGCCGUCGCCGGCGGAUGCUCCUCCUCCUCCUCGUAGCCGCCGCCGUGGUGGUCUGCUUCUUCUUCUCGUCACUUGUCAGUAAAGAUGAAGAUGCACCACCUGGUAUUGAAACCAUGCUGGGAUUUUCUGAUCAAGUCCGGAGCUUUGUGAAUCCUGUUUGGACAUCUUCGGGUAGACCAACAAUCCAUGGAGAUUCUUUGAGUAGGAAUGGUUUGAGUACAGCAUCACAGACAGAAAAACAGUCUGGCAGUAGUCAUGAUAAACUUCGGGGUCUCUCGUGGAGCUUCCCACCAUCUGUGGUUCUGGAGCACCAUCCUUGUGAAAAUUUCUCAUUUUCUUCUCCACCUAUUGACAGGAAACGGACUGGACCACGACCAUGUCCUGUUUGUUAUGUGCCUGUUGAGCAGGCCCUGGCAUUGAUGCCAAGCGCACCAUCAUCAUCACCAGUCCUUCGAAGCUUAACUUAUUUGUCUGAUGGUAAUUUGAUUUUGAAAGAGUCAAAUAGCGGCUCUCUGUUUGGAGGUUAUCCAUCAUUGGAAGAGCGAGAUAAGUCAUAUGACAUAAAGGACUCCAUGACAGUUCAUUGUGGAUUUGUGAGAGGGAAGAUACCUGGUGUCAGUACUGGGUUCGACAUAGAUAGAGCUGAUCUUUCUGAGAUGUGGCAGUGCCAGGGGACAGUUGUUGCUUCUGCUAUUUUUGGAAAUUAUGAUUUAAUGCAACAACCAGAAAACGUCAGUAUGUUUUCAAAGGAUACAGUUUGCUUUUUCAUGUUUCUGGAUGAAGAAACAGAAGCAGCAAUAAAGAACACUACAACAAUUGAUAAUUCUAAAAGAAUUGGGCUAUGGCGCGUGGUUGUUGUCCGCAAUCUACCGUAUUCAGAUGCAAGGCGCAAUGGAAAGGUUCCGAAAUUACUACUUCAUCGUCUAUUUCCUAAUGUGAGGUAUUCAAUUUGGAUUGAUGGGAAGCUUAAACUAGUGAGGGAUCCUUAUCAGCUAUUAGAGAGAUUCUUGUGGAGAAAGAAUGUUAGCUUUGCUAUUUCCAGACAUUACAGACGCUUUGAUGUUUUUGAAGAAGCAGAGGCCAACAAGGUUGGUGGAAAGUAUGACAAUGCUUCAAUUGAUUACCAAAUAGAAUUCUACAAGAGAGAAGGUUUAACCCAUUAUUCUCCAGCUAAGCUUCCUAUCACGAGUGAUGUCCCUGAGGGCUGUGUAAUUAUACGGGAGCACAUCCCUAUCACCAACCUCUUCACGUGCCUUUGGUUUAAUGAAGUUGAUCGCUUCACCUCCAGAGAUCAGCUAAGCUUUAGCACAGUGAGAGAUAAAAUAAGGACGCGAGUUAAUUGGGUUGCAGAUAUGUUCCUGGAUUGCGAAAGGCGUGACUUCGUUGUGCAGGCAUAUCACAGAGAAUUGUGGGAACAAAUACUACGAAAUCCGCCUCCACCCCAGCAUCCUUUGGUGCACCAGCAACACAGAAAGAUGCUCCCAGAUAACACUGCAAAGGAACCUGGAAAAGCCUCUGCGCCCAAGAAGUUACCAGCGAAGCGGACACGGGACAAGAAAUCAAGCUCGAAACGAGCUCAUAGAACUAAGGUCACUGGUGGGAAGGAAUUCAUCCAACUGUAAAUCUCGUGGCAAUUUUGCUCCAUACAAUUGCCGUAAAAUUCCGGCAUGGGUUCAUUAUUUAACCUCCAUUCAUUCUCCCCCCCUCUUCAGAGGCUCGAAAAUUUUGUGGAAACUGUUGAUAGAGGAUCAUUUUUUUUGUUUGGUUGUAAAUAAACAUUUUAGAAUAAAGACGCAUUCGAUUAUUCAACUAGGAGCUGCUUCAGUUCAAUAUAUUUUUGAGUUAGCCU